CCAAAAGCAAGAAGGGAGGAGAGCAAAAUUAUCUGGCGAACAUAAUUUCUGAAUGGUGGGAUGAAGAUUUAUUUACGGAUAAAUUGCGUGCUAUGCUAUCGGAUUUAAGAACCCAUACAGCUGCAUCAGGAGGUAUAGCCUAAAUUGCCUAUCAAAUAAUAACGCGACGUCUCUCUUGCGACUUAUUUCCUCCCAUCAUUCUUCCCCGCUCGAUAGUCCAUGUUGGCGCCAAUGGAGUGACCCAAUGGAGCGACUAUAGAGAAGGCUACUGUAGAGAAGUAGGCUAGGCGACAGCAAUAAAUUAGCAAUACACCCACAUGUGGCACUGGUGACUUAACGGACACCCGAGAAACAACACCAGAAAAUAGGUAUUUUUUUUCACUGUCCUUGAUCGUGUGACAAGACCCGUAGUAUAGGAUCGAAUCAAGCCGUUCGUGCAAUGGUAGGUGGUGCGGUAAUAACCUACCAGGGGGAUGCUUGAUGCUCGAAGACGUUUGCUUUUGGAGGAUCGUAUUCAUACAUGGGGCUUGAGUUGUCAUGUGGGGCGGUCCCGACUCUGGACCCCCUGAUCGUGGGAGUCUCGGCCAGAUCCCGAUGCUCACGGUCAAAUCGUAGCUUGUGAGGAACAAAAGAAUGCCUACGGUGAACGUCACCGGAGAAGCGCCCCUACUGAACGGGGGCAGAAGAGAAGAGGUAGAGCGUUGGUAUAGGUUAGGUUGUUUGGGAAGUGUUUGUGUGUGCUCGCGCGCGCCCGCACCUGCGUGUGUAAUUGUGUAUUGUUGGACGCUAGUGCAUAGGUAGCUUCGUCUCGCAACUAGGCAUUUAUAUUAAUAUUUAAAUUAACGAUUCUGAAUUUUACUGUAUUGUUUACAGAUUCAUAGUGCCUAGUUGUGGGACGAAACUACUGCAUAGGCUACUGUAUACAGGCUAAUAAGAUGAACAUUUUCAGGCCCAUAUAGAAUGUGCGAUUGCAGGAAUAUUUAAUCCAUAUCAUAUUAGGUCUGCACUGCAUGGAAAGCUCAAGCUAAUAUGUUACUCAGCCUCAGUUACCAGUCUACUGUAAUCAGGGCAGCUCACUCAGUUACCCACUUACUAACCAACAUGUUGAGCACAAACAGACCUCUGCAUCUCUGGUGGGUCCGAGUUAUAGCAGAGUCCCAGUAGGCUACAAGAGACGAGAUCAGUCACGUUCUUAUUUUUAGUGCGUGUAUUUUACAAGGUUACUUGAAGAGUCACCCCUAACUAAUGGAGGGACGCAACUGCAUUGCAGUCGAAGUGGAGGUGAACGAUUUAGCUCCCCCUCAUCUAUUUGCUGGACCAUAUGAAUGCGACAUACAACUGAUUGAUAAUAUCAUUAAUUAUUAAACUCCUCAUAAUCAUGAUUAGGACACUGAUCUUCUCUGGGGAUUACUUAUUAUAAUGAAGGGUAUAGCAUAAGGCCACAUUAUAGUCUAAGAUCACUAAUUAUGGUCUGUCUGAGUAGUAGUCCUCAGAGUUGCUGAGCUAUAACCUCAGAUCUUAUGUUACAGGGUGAUCGAUAAAAGAGAGACAGAGAUGGAGAUUGUGCAAAAAGUGGAGAGCACUAUUGAGUUUUGAUAAUGAUUGUAUUAUACUGACACAUCCAUAUCAAUGCUCUUAAGUGGGCCUGUUUACAUAAGCAACAUGUCUCAUGUUAUAAUGCCCUACUUUCCCAUGAGCAUGGUUGAUAUGUGCACAUCUGAUGUCAAGAUGUCCUGUCAGGGUAAAUCAGCACACAUCUGUGUGUGGUAAUAUGCUUUUUUGGGGGGUUACAUUUCUACUUGAGGGGCCGGUUGAGUGAAACUGCUCUAUAUUUACCUACAUAAACCCACUAUCUAUCUCUCUCUCUGUUGUUGCAUCAGGAUAUGUUACAUUUUGGGGGAUUUAUUUCUAUAACAAGAAAUAAAUCCCCCCUCUUUAUUGAUCUGCCCGGUACCAUUCCUCGUUUUCAGGCUGGUCUCAUAGACUAGGCGUAACAUAGUAAUAGAAAAUUCAGGACACUCAAAUUAGUAUGAUAUGUUACAAUUGGUAUGGUUACAUAAGACAGAAGGUCACUUAAGGCUAAAACAAAAGGAGGGUGGGUGGUUGGUUGGAUGGAUUGGGGGGUUGGUGGCAUAUACAGUACCAGUCAAAAGUUUGGACACACCUACUCAUUCCAGGGUUUUGCUUUAUUUUUACUAUUUUCUACAUUUACAUUUACAUUUACAUCAUUUAGCAGACGCUCUUAUCCAGAUUGUAGAAUAAUAGUGAAGACAUCAAAACUAUGAAAUAACACAUAUGGAAUCAUCAAGUGUUAAACAAAUCAAAAUAUAUUUUAUGUUUGAGAUUCUUCAAAUAGCCACUCUUUGUCUUGAUGACAGCUUUGCACACUCUUGGCAUUCUCUCAACCAGCUUCACCUGGAAUGCUUUUCCAACAGUCUUGAAGGAGUUCCCACAUAUGCUGAGCACUUGUUGGCUGCUCUUCCUUCACUCUGCCGUCCGACUCAUCCCAAACCAUCUCAAUUGGGUUGAGGUCGGGUGAUUGUGGAGGCCAGGUCAUCUGAUGCAGCACUCCAUCACUCUCCUUCUUGGUCAAAUAGCCCUUACACAGCCUGGAGGUGUGUUGGGUCAUUGUCCUGUUGAAAAACAAAUGAUAGUCCCACUUAGCCCAAACCAGAUUGAAUGGCGUAUCGCUGCAGAAUGCUGUGGUAGCCAUGCUGGUUAAGUGUGCCUUGAAUUCUAAAUAAAUCACAGACAGUGUCACCAGCAAAGCACCCCCACACCAUAACACCUCCUCCUCCAUGCUUUACGGUGGGAACUACACAUGCGGAGAUCAUCCGUUCACCCACACCGCUUCUCACAUAGACACGGCAGUUGGAACCAAAAAUCUCCAAUUUGGACUCCAGACCAAAGGACAAAUUUCCACAGUCUAAUGUGCAUUGCUCGUUUUUCUUGGCCUAAGCAGGUCUCUUCUUCUUAUUGGUGUCCUUUAGUAGUGGUUUCUUUGCAGCAAUUCGACCAUGAAGGCCUGAUUCACACAGUCCCCUCUGAACAGUUGAUGUUGAGAUGUGUCUGUUACUUGAACUCUGUGAAGCAUUUAUUUGGCCUGCAAUUUCUGAGGCUGGUAACUCUAAUGAACUUAUCCUCUGCAGCAGAGGUAAAGCUGGGUCUUCCUUUCCUGUGGCAGUCCUCAUGAGAGCCAGUUUCAUCAUAGCGCUUGAUGUUUUUUGCGACUGCACUUGAAGAAGCUUUCAAAGUUCUUGAAAUGUUCCGUAUUGACUGACCGUCAUGUCUUAAAGUAAUGAUGGACUGUUGUUUCUCUUUGCUUAUUUGAGCUGUUCUUGCCAUAAUAUGGACUUGGUCUUUUACCAAAUAGGGCUAUCUUCUGUACCUUGUCUACCUUGUAACAACACAACUUAUUGGCUCAAAUGCAUUAAGAAGUAAAGAAAUUCCACAAAUUAACGUUUAAGAAGGCACACCUGUUAAUUGAAAUGCAUUCAAGGUGACUACCUCAUGAAGCUGGUUGAGAGAAUGCCAAGAGUGUGCAAAGCUGUCAUCAAAGGCAAAGGGUGGCUAUUUGAAGAAUAGCCACACUUUUUUGGUUACUAAAUGAUUCCAUAUGUGUUAUUUCAUAGUUUUGAUGUAUUCACUAUUAUUCUACAAUGUAGAAAAUAGUAAAAAUAAAGAAAAACCUUUGAAUGAGUAGGUGUGUCCAAACUUUUGACUGGUAGUGUAAGUCUUGCAAUCCAAAGGUUGCGUGUUUGAAUCUCAUCAUGGACAACGUGAGCAUUUCAGCUAAUUAGCAACUUUGCAACUACUUACCAUGUUAGCUAACCCUAAUCUAGCCACCUAGCUAACGUUAGCCACAACAAAUUGUAAUUCGUAACAUAACAUACAAAAUGGAUGAUGGACAUCCAGAAAUUAAUACAUACCAUACCAAACGUAACAUUUCAUACUAAUUUGAGUAUUGCAUAUUUUCGUUUACUAUGUUACGUCCAACCCUGAGUCCAGGUUGUCAUUUUGGCUACUUGCUUUGAUAGUUGAUAGGUGGAUAUGUUGCCCUUGUCCUUAUGAUUGUAAGAAGGAGCAAAAAUGACUUUCCUACUGAAGUAGUUUCUCUAAUUCUGCAACAGUGUUACAACAGAAGUAGUUUCAUAGUGCUAAUGUCAAUAUGGAGUGGAAGGAAAAGCAAUCAAGUGGGAGAGAAAUAGCACAGUGGAAAAAACAUGAUGUUUUAACCAUUUUCAAACAUCAUGUAUAGUAAACUACCCAUCCCUCUCUCAUUCUCUCCCCCUCCCUUCAUCUCUUCCUCUCUAAUUGCCUUUAAGUGGGGGAUGAGUGCGGAGUUGACUCAUCAUUAAUAUAGAUAGACAGACACACACAACAUCUGUAAUAAGUGAGCAAUUGAGGCACUUAACUCUAGGUUCAUGGUGAACUGAAAUGGUCUCUCCCAUUGACUCAGCGUGCUCCCUUGUCCUUGUAAUGCAGUCACAAUGAAACCCCUGCACCUCUGCCAACAGGAACACACCUUCUCACAGCUACCGUUUGGACAUCAGCCUGCCUUUUAGGAAAACAAACCUUCCCUGCAAGGGCACUGUCAUGGCUGCGAGAGGCCCAUUUGACUGCUUAAAAAAUUAAGCAGAUAGACAGAUACUCUGAGCUCAGCAAUUAUCUAUCUGUAUCUCUGUCUUUGUUUGCCUUUUGGUUAUUUUCAAUGCUCUUUGUGUGGCCAAGAGUGUCACUGCAUGUUUCGCUCUUCCACUUUGCUCACUGUCCAUGUGCAUCCUCCCAUGGGGAGCAUGAAUGGCCAUAGUACCACUAACCUCCACUGGCAAAAGAAAGCGGAAUGCACUCUCCUUCUUUCUCGCUGUUGAUGAGGUUUAAAAGCAUCAGCCUCAUCCAGUGUCCACUAAAACCAAGUGUUUAAAAGGGGCUGCAUGGUUUGGGUUUCACUCUGCCUGGAAAUGUGUCCAUGCCUCCAGAGACUGGAAUGGUCCAUCUCUGGAAGAGCAGGGGAGCGCGACAGGACAACAUUGAUGUUUGUUAAUGUUGUUUGACAUAAAAGCCAUUGUGAUUAAUGCCCAAUCAUCUGUAUUCUUAUGGAAUACACUUUAAUAUAUAUUCUGUUUUUUUCUGUUUCUGUUUCUUGCAGAAAAAUCCAGUUUUAACACCCUUUCCUUGUUUUUUUGCCUCUCCCAUUGUAUGUCCUUCAAUCCUGUUCCUCUGCUUUUUAUCUCCCCUCAUACGAGUCAUAAUGUUUGAUGUUUUAUCAUCAUUAAAACUCCAUUCCCACCACUUACGCAAAACAUUUUUCAAUGUCCUUUUCACAUCCCUUCCUUUGCCCAACUUUUAACCUGUGCUCCUGAUCCCAUCACUCAAACUCGGUUACCUUACUCAUUUAUAAAAUCUCAACCAACUUUCUACCCAUAUUUGUACCCAACCCUCCAUCCCCCCACCAUCUGCUUUACCUUGUCUCUUAUCCCUUCCCCCCUGUAGCAACGUCCCUGUAAACAGACCCUUCCCGGGUCCCUAUGCCGAGAGUCCCACUGGAAAUGCCUGCUCCUCACGCUGCUGAUGUUCUGCUGUUUCGCCACGCUGGGAUGGUGCUCCUUCUACCGCGUCACUGUCAUGGCUGCCGAUGAACACGGCCUCUACUACGGCGUCCGUGCCCGCCUCUACCAUGACAGCCCCUGCUCCAACGGCUACGUCUACAUCCCGGUGGCCUUCCUGAUCAUGCUGUACCUGGUCUACCUGGUGGAGUGCUGGCACUGCUUCUCUAAAACAUCCGCACUGACCAGGGUGAGGAUCAGCAAGGUGUACAACAGGGUCCAGAGGCUGCAGCAGGCCAUGCCCUGUAUCUGGUGGAAGGCCAUCAGCUAUCACCAUGUGAGACGGACACGGCAGGUGACUCGAUACCGCAAUGGCGAUGCUUACACCACCACACAGGUGUACCAUGAGCGGGUCAAUACACAUGCAUCCAGCUCUGAAUUUGACUAUGCCCGACAUGGUGUCAAGGACGUAUCCAAGGAGCUGCUUGGCCUUCUGGAACACCCGGCCGUACGCCUUCAUUUCACCAAAUGUUUCAGCUUUGCCAGUGCCCGUGCCGAGGCUGCCUACCUCACUCAGCGCGCCCGCUUCUUCGCAGAGAACGAGGGUCUGGAUGACUAUAUGGAGGCGCGGGAGGGCAUGCACCUGAAGAACGUGGACUUCCGUGAGCACAUGCUAGCCUUUCCUGACCCGGCGUGGCCACCCUGGUUCUCUCGUCGGCGCAUGUAUUGGUUGAUCUCAGCCCUGAUGUUGUCCUGGCCACUACGUGUGGUGUCAGAGUACCGCACAGCAUAUGUUCACUACCAUGUGGAGAAGCUGUUUGGUGAGAAUGAGGAAGUCAAUGACAAUGACAGCACUGAGAUGGGCAACUACCGCUCAGGCCAGGAGAAUGGGCAACGCGGUGGCCCCAGAUUACGUGUCAUAUCGAGGGUCAACACUGUGGACAUCACUGAACUGGAGUGGCACAUUCGCUGUAACCAGCAGAUGGUGCCCAGUUACUCCGAGGCCUUGCUGAUGGACCUGAACACCAAUAACACAACCUCUUUGCCUUCUGCGUUCACCGGGGCAGCACGUGUCCCUAUGAGGCGGAGCUCCAGCUACGUCCUCCAGAGCUGCCCACGCUGCUGCAGGUCCACCAGCAGCUCCUCGCUCCCCUCGCGAGUCAGGGGGAACGUGGUAAUGGGGGCGGGAUCUUUGACAUAUGGGACAGUGGGAAGGAUGGGAGGAGGAAGGCUAGCCCUCAGCCGCAGUGGAUUCUCUCUGGGCCGUUUGCACACGGUGCGCCAGGCCUGCCUGUUUCACUCCCGGAGCCUUGGUGCAGGGAUGGGGAGUCGAGGGGACGAAGGUGGUGGGUUUCUGGGGCUGGGCCUCCGCCGGGCUAACGAAGAGAGCAGAGGGGUCCUGGAGUCAGAAGGAUAUGAAGAGGACGAGAAUAGUCUUCAGCUAGAGGAGGAUAGAGAGCAGGAACUAGAGAGAGUGAGGGCUGAGAUCAUACAGGGAGUGGCCUGUGUGACAGAGACACCACCAGCCUAUCAGGAAGCUCUCCACUUGCCUGUGUUGAUCAUCCAUGGUGAGGAGAGCUGUCAUGGAGGGGAGGACCUUGACGCAGGAUAG